GUUCUCAUUCAGCCGGCGGCAGCGGACUUGACAGCAUCUUGCUUUAUUUUCUUGUUCAAGGAAAACUUCCAACAGUAAAGAAAAAUGGCAGAAGAAGAGAUUGCAGCACUCGUCAUUGACAAUGGUUCCGGUAUGUGCAAAGCCGGUUUUGCUGGAGAUGAUGCUCCCCGUGCUGUCUUCCCCUCAAUUGUUGGACGCCCAAGACAUCAGGGUGUCAUGGUUGGUAUGGGUCAAAAGGACAGCUAUGUAGGUGAUGAAGCACAGAGUAAGAGAGGUAUCCUAACCUUGAAGUACCCAAUUGAACAUGGUAUUGUCACAAACUGGGAUGAUAUGGAGAAAAUCUGGCAUCACACUUUCUACAACGAGCUUCGUGUAGCCCCUGAAGAACACCCUGUAUUGCUCACAGAAGCCCCCCUGAACCCCAAAGCUAACAGAGAAAAGAUGACACAGAUCAUGUUUGAGACUUUCAACACACCAGCAAUGUAUGUUGCUAUCCAGGCUGUGCUGUCUCUGUAUGCCUCUGGUCGUACCACUGGUAUUGUUAUGGACUCUGGUGAUGGUGUCACCCACACUGUGCCCAUUUAUGAAGGUUAUGCUCUGCCACAUGCAAUCCUGCGUCUAGACUUGGCUGGUCGUGACCUGACAGACUACCUCAUGAAGAUUCUGACAGAGAGAGGCUACAGCUUCACAACAACAGCUGAGAGGGAAAUUGUGCGUGACAUCAAGGAGAAGCUUUGCUAUGUUGCUCUAGACUUUGAGCAGGAAAUGGCGACUGCUGCUUCCUCUUCAUCCCUGGAGAAGAGCUAUGAGCUUCCUGAUGGCCAAGUCAUCACCAUUGGAAAUGAGAGGUUCAGGUGUCCAGAAGCCCUAUUCCAGCCAUCAUUUUUGGGUAUGGAAUCUUGUGGCAUCCAUGAGACCACCUUCAACUCCAUUAUGAAGUGUGAUGUUGAUAUCCGUAAGGACCUGUAUGCCAACACAGUCUUGUCUGGUGGCACCACUAUGUAUCCUGGUAUUGCUGACAGAAUGCAAAAAGAAAUCACUGCCCUGGCUCCCAGCACAAUGAAAAUCAAGAUCAUUGCCCCACCUGAACGCAAAUAUUCUGUGUGGAUUGGAGGUUCCAUCCUGGCCUCACUCUCCACCUUCCAACAGAUGUGGAUCAGCAAGCAGGAAUAUGAUGAGUCUGGCCCAUCCAUUGUCCACCGUAAAUGCUUCUAAAUGGACUACUAGCAGAUGCAUUGCAUUUGCUGCGUGAGUUCUUCAAAGUAUUAGUUUGCCUUGGCAAAUGUGUACACCUCAUGCUAGCCUCAUGAAACUGGAAUAGAGCCAACUUCCAAAAGAAUUUGUCAUGGGAAUGAGACACUUAGUCAAACCUUGUUGGAUUUUUGUAGUGCAAGACUUCGACUGGUCUCUUCAAACCAUUCCUAUGGUGAUAGUGCUAGCAUAUCCUGUACACACCUCUGAUCCAAACCCUGGUUGGCAUAUCAGUCUGGGUGAAACUUAAGCUUAGUUUUGCGUAGAAAGUAGCACUUCUGUGAAAGGCUGACUAUCUGCGACUGUAUUGUGAAUAAUGAUGCUUCUCCCUAAUUGUAGCUCUGCUGGGGGGAGUUGAAGCUAGAGAUGUGUACAGGGUGUAUGAGGUUAGGAUUUCAGAUAAAUUCGUGUUUAUUCUACAGUUUCAUUUAAGAGGCUGGUAAGAGCUCAUGAAGGAAUUGUCAAUUCUGUCUUGCCACAGUUUCUAGCAAGGUUGGCAAAGGCAUCUGGGCCUUAGAACCAGUUUUUUUAAUACUGCUUGUAUUCCCAAAAUUCAAUAUGGGUCUGAAGAAAGUUACAAACUUAUUGCAGUUACACCUGUAAAUUUAUGCAUCUGAGUUAAUUUAUGUAAAAAAUUUUUUUGUAUGUUGCCUUAAUGUUAUCACAUGACUGUGGAAGAAAACAAUUUGUAAGCCAUCUUCAAGUUGAAAAUUGUAACUCCAAAAUAACACUUCAUUGUGUAAAGGAAAAAUAAAAAAAGCGCUGCAGUAAA